CCAAAAUUCGGAGGCAAGAUUUCAGUCCCCGUAGAGAGACACGGGUAUGCAGUCGACAUUUCCUGCCUGAUGAUCUGUUAGAGACACCAAGGGGAAAGAGGUGCUUAAAAAAGGGUGCUAUUCCCGUUUUAUUUGAAUGGAAUAACUACUCUUUGCCCGUGCCAAGACCCAGUGUGUGGGAACGUAGACCCAGGGAGGAAGAGGCGACAAGCCCCGCUGCUGCAGCGCCGACUGUGGACUGUUCGGAGAUGGUGUUUGUGGCUCCUGAACACGAUUACUGUGUUUCACCUGCAAGUGGAGUUAGGAUCAACGAGCUAGUGAUGCAAAACGAGGCCCUGCAAAAACAAGUUCAGAUGUUGCAGCAUGAAGUUCAGCGGCUGCAACUGCGGACUCGUUUCUGUCUGGAACGUUUUAAAUGCUCAGACGACGACAUUCGGCAUUAUACCAGGUUUGCCUCAUACCGACAUUUCCAGUAUUUUUGGAAGCUGGUGGAGCCUGCUGUGAUGACAAAGAUGAUCCGUGUCACCAACACCAAGUCCUCAACAGCUAGCUCAGAAAGAUUUCCCACAUCCACGAAACUUCCUCCUAUAGAUGAGCUGUUUCUUUUCCUGAUGUACCUGGCCGUUGGCUCUACACACAGAGAUCUCGGUGAAAGGUUUGGCAUUCACCGAACGACAGUGAGCAGGAUCAUUACCACAUGGGCCAACUUCUUGUACGAUCUGCUUGGACGCCAACGCCUCUGGUUGCCUCGUGAAGUGAUGCGUGCUAGACUUCCUGUGGAGUUUGCAUUGUUUCCAGACACCCAAGUAGUGCUUGAUUGCACUGAAAUUUACUGCCAGACACCAUCAGACCUCAUGUUGCAGAGUGAGGUGUUUUCAACAUACAAAUCCCACUCCACACUGAAGGCCAUGAUUGGCAUAGCACCUCAUGGUGCCAUCACAUUUGUCUCUGCCCUUUACGCUGGAUCAAUGAGUGAUCGCGAGAUCUUCAAACAAUCUGGCAUCAUCAGUGUACUAGAGCCUGACAUGGCGAUAAUGGUUGACAGGGGAUUUCUAGUUGACAAUUUGGCCCCCUGCAAGGUCUACAGACCAACUUUCCGCUCCGGGAAAAGGCAGAUGAACCCACAUGAUGUCCUUCAGACCCAAAACAUUGCUCGCUUGAGGAUCCAUGUAGAGCGCUGCAUCCGGAGAGUGAAGGAGAACAAAUUUUUUGAUGGCGUUAUCCCACUGGCUGCAUGUGGGAUCAUUGAUGAACUGUUCAAUGUGGCUUGUUACCUGGUAAAUUAUCAAAAUGGGCCGCUUGUGAAGGCUUGGGCAACUUGCUAAAAUAUCUAUAGUUUCACAGUUGUUUGAUCUGGUUUAGUAAUCUUUUAGACUAUUUUAAUCAAUUUUUAGUUAGCUUAGUCGAUUUUCCACAAACUAAUGUAGUUGUUAUUAAAUUAUUAAAAUGUGAACAUAAUGAACGUUCCCCUGUCUCAUGUUCACUGCCCCCUAGUGACUGAAUUGAGAAUUGUGGUUAUUUCUGAAACACUCAACUUCUCACAGGAA